CCGCGGCGAGUGCCAGUACCAUGUCCCUGCAGGCUGAUUUUGAUAAGGUCUCAGGAGACGUGAGGAAGCUGAGAACGAGGCCGGAUGAUGAAGAACUGAAAGACCUCUACGGGCUCUACAAACAAUCCAUAAUUGGAGACAUUGAUAUUGAGUGUCCAGCAAUGUUAGAUUUAAAAGGCAAGGCUAAAUGGGAAGCGUGGAACCUCCAAAAAGGGUUGUCAAAGGAAGAUGCCAUGAGUGCCUAUAUUUCUAAAGCAAAAGAGCUGAUAGAAAAAUAUGGAAUUUAGAAUUCAGCAGAUGAGACAUUUUUCCUUUUGAAGCCUUCAUACUGGUAUCAUGACCUAACACUUAGGGGGGAAAUGCACUGUGAAACUCUUUACGUAUCAUAUAUAUUUUUGCUACUGACACGAAUUGUAAUCGUUCAUUAGAGGUAUGCUGAAACUACAUAUUUAACUAAAUUUUACUGGCUAAAACCAGGUGAUUUAAUUUGCAAGUUCUUAAAAAAAAUAUUGCUCUGGGAGUAGGUGCACAAAAACAUUAACAAUUGUUCUUUUGGUUCAUCUGUUUUUCUACAAUGAGUUAGUACUACUGGUGUCAUCACAACAGUUUAUUAAGAACCAAUGACAAGACUCUUCCUUGGUCAUACCAUGUAGCUUUGGGUGCACACUGACGCAGGGCCUUGGCAAUCACAAACAUACCCGGUUCCCGUCUUUUCUCUGUGGUUUAUUUACUAGGUGACCUGAGACAAGUUACUUAACCUUGCCCAGCCCCAUCUACAGAGUAGGGAAAAAAAUACAUCUCACAGGGUUGUAAGAAUUUAAUGAGAUAAUUGUAAUUAUCCUACCUUAAUUUUAAAGCAAAUGCUAUAUAAAACAUAACAACAAAUAAGCCAAAAAGUUUGGUUAAUAAACUUAUGAGUCUAUCUACAACUUUUUGAAAAAAGAAAAAAACCAUCAUGGAACUAUCAACUAUUUUUCUUUAAAUUUUUACAUUUAAGACAAAUAAAAAAAUCAAACUGAAGUGUAGUAUCUACUGAUAAGAAACUGUACAGCUGCUGUGCCUCUUAUGUUCAGUUUUAUCAGAGUGAAAAUAGAGAUUCUGGAAUAUCACUUUGGCCCAAUUCUCAGUAUUCCUUGCUGGUGAAGACUCACAGGCUCUCUGAAAGAAGUUAGACUCGUUUUAUCAGUUCUAAAAUCUGUUUGAGAUUCCAUAGGGUAAAUAUCCCAAAAUACAGUGGAUCUGCAUAAGGGUUUAGGUUUGAUAUGGUGUGACCAGAGGGAUAGAUUUCAUUUCACUUUUUUAGAAAAUCUAGAUUGACUAGAUGAAGUUCCAGGGAAUUAUGCUGAGUGAAAAAAAGCCAAUCCUAAACGGUUACAUAGUGUAUGAUCCCAUUUAUGUAAC